AUGGUCAAGAAGCGCGCGUCCAACGGACGUAACAAGAAGGGUCGUGGUCACGUCAAGCCCAUCAGAUGCUCCAACUGCUCCCGAUGCACACCAAAGGACAAGGCGAUCAAGAGAUUUACCAUCCGCAACAUGGUUGAGUCCGCUGCCAUCCGUGAUAUCUCAGAGGCAUCUGUCUUCUCUGAGUACACAGUUCCCAAGAUGUACCUCAAAUUGCAAUACUGCGUCUCUUGUGCCAUCCACGGCAAGAUUGUCCGUGUCCGAUCCCGUGUUGGAAGACGUAACCGUGCUCCACCUCCCCGUGUUAGAUACAACAAGGACGGAAAGAAAGUCAACCCAAACCAAGCUGCCGCUAAGGCUUAG